CGGCGGAGGUAGAGCGGCCGGGGCGGCGGGCGGGAGGGCGAGGCCGGGCGCGGCCCGCGCUGAGCGUCCCCUGUGCACUGCCCAGGCCGGCGGCGCUGUACUGCAUGAACGAGGCCGAGCUGGUGGAGGUGGCCCUGGCGGUCCUGGCCGAGAAUCUACAGUGCGAGGAAGGUGAAGAGAACGCCCGGUCCAGGAGCGAAGAGGAGCAGGAGAUCCCGCCAACACCAAAGGAGGUUCCUGGAAGCACGGCCAACACGGAUGGAGGCAGUGACCAUGGUCCGGCACUUCCAUCCCCUCCUGGUGCUGGUGCUGAUGCAAAGAGGACAGGCAGGGAGGACUCUGAGGACGAUGUCCUGAAAUAUGUCAGGGAGAUCUUUUUCAGCUGACGUCUCUGACUUCCCAGGAGAAGAGGGCACAGUGGGGAGGGUGUCUCCUCCCGCAGCCCUGGGAAAGGUGGGAGGAGGGCUGUGCAUCCAUCUGCUGGGUUGGUGCCGUGUAGCCGGUAGGAUACCCAGGAAGGCCAGAGGGGGAAAGGAAGGAGGUACUGAGUUCUCCCACUCUGCUGGGCUCAGUGGGAUUUAGCUCCAGAUUAGGAUGUGUUCAUUUCUGUUUCACAUUUCAGAGCAUGGACAGAUAAAAGAGAAACAUUCGGGUUUCUGUGAGUAUCCCUUUGGUGGGUUGGUGUUGGGCAUAGAAGGGAGCAGGGAGCUGCUGACCUGGAAGACCUUUGCUGGCAGAGGUACAUGGUCAUGGUUCAGCCUUGGGGGCUCCCUUGUCCUUGUGGUCCCUCUGCCACAGCUGCAGUGGGGCCUGGCAGGCUUCCCAUUGGGCCUGGUGCUGAGUUUGCCUCCAGACUCCAGCAGUCUUCCCAAUGCUGAGGAACACGUGCGGGAGCACAGUGUCAGGGGCUGGGACUGCCCUGAGGGGGCUGAUCCCGUGGCAGCGUGCAUGGAGGUCUAGGAAGGGAUGAAGAUGGCUCAGUAUUCUCUUUCCAAUCAAAAAAAGAAGGACAAACAAACCACAUGAGGCCAGCUGUGAGAGCAUGUAUUGAAAUGAAGAAUUGGUCAAAUCAGCAUCAUCCCCACUAAGGUUGAAGCAAGAGAGAAAACAGACCCUCAUGUCCCUUGAAACAAAUUCACUCAACUGCAAAGAAUAUCACUAUUAAGCAGGCGUUCUUUAUUUACAUAAAUUCACCCAGCCACUGGAUGAAUUAAUGCAGUGUAUACUCACAAAGCUGUUACAUACUCACUAUACAGAAAAAUCAGUAACAUAAAACUCAUGUUUUGGAAAAUGAUUAUACGAACCGGA